AUGUCUCAUCAGAACCUCCCAUCGUGGACACCUGCACCGGAAGGCCCGAGCGAUUCCACCUGUUCGACGUCUUCCUCUCGAUCAGAGGGAGAGAUCAUGGACUGGGACUCGGAAUCGAACUCGGACUCGGACUCGGACGUGGGUAUAAUCAUCAACGAUGAUUCCACCCCAGAACUACCCAACCCUUCGAUGGAGCACUUCAAGCAAAGAUAUGUCCUAAUUCACCGCCUAGGUGCCGGAGAUAAUGGUGAGACGUAUGCAGCAAAUACUAAGGAUCAUGCUAACCGUAUGCUCGGCCUGAAGCGCCUAGGCUACCCCAUCAGUCUAAAUACGAAGGACGUUGUAGUUGUAAAAUUCUACAAGCCAAACAAUCUUGAGGGCGACUUGACCAACGAGAUCACGUUCAUGACGGAGUCCAUGAGGGGCACCCAUAGCCUGCUCACCCACGCCAUCGACCCCCACUACGAUGCACUACCAUAUUGCAACGGCGGUACACUUCAGAGUUUCAUCGCCAAGCAUGAAGAUGCAAUCACCACAUCUUUCAUCUGGCACGUUGGGCUUCAGCUCGUGCAAGCUGCAUGCUAUUUGCACUUUGGCAUUCGUGAUCUAAACAGGAUGGAAACAGUGAGAGAUUGGCCGCGCGUCUAUCACGCCGACACAUACACAUGUAACAUCCUGCUCAAGGCCGAUGAGGAUCCAAGUCUCUUUCCGGACGUCGUCAUCGCUGAUUUCGGCCGAGCGAGGACAUGGAAGCAGCGAACAACCAACACUCCUGCGGACGAAGAAUACGAUGCACUUUUCGCCAAAGACCAAUUUCGUGAUAUUAGAUGUAUCGGCAGAGUCAUGGAUACCAUGCGGGAUUCGGUCGAAGAGAACAAGUGCACCUGUGUCUGGCCGAAGUGCAACGAUUGCCAAGCUCAACAGGCGGCUAGCUCGUCCUAUGGGGUGUUGAAUCGGUGGAUUGAUCAGCUACUUAAAGUCAAGAUGCAGACAGAAUUGCGCAUGACAAGCCUACUGGGCUUCUUGAAGGACUUUGUGCAAGCAGGAAAUGCUGAGCUCCUGAGGACCAUGCAGCCCCUGCCACUCGCUACCAGCAACUUCUUCUACUGCCGCAACCUCAAAUGUGGAUCCAUUUUCGAGUCCUUGUCGAACUUCGAAGCUCACGACCCUCAAGCCCACCAAAUCUCCCGCUUCUCUGAUAACCACGAGCUAUCACUCCUGACAUCAGACUCUCAGCGGAAUGUUAUUCUGCGUGAGAUCUAUCGUGAGGUCACUAAUACUCUGCCAGGUAGGUACAUCUUGUUCGUAGAAAAGAUCACGAAGAAUAUGACACAGGAGCUGAACAACGCUGCCCUGCUCGGUCUGUUGUGUGAUGAGAAGGCCAGGGCCGCGGCUAUGGAUAAACAGCUAGACUUGUUGCUGAUACUCAAGGCAUAUCAGACCGGCGGGACCUGCGACGUUACCAGUCGCGCUCAAGGCUGCGUACAAGGCAGAUGA